AUUCCCGAAUUGUGGCGGGGAAAUCUUUUUGAUAAACAAAAAUCACGAUCCGGUUGCUUGUUUCUUCUGACUAGAGACCCUGUCACCCUGGUCAAGCCUACGGUAGUACAGAAUCGUGGCCGUUAGCUUCCAGUCUGCCAGUCAGAUACGAUGGAUGAUCGGGUCCUGCCUGCGUGGUUUCGUCGUUAAAAUGGUUGCUUCGCAUUGAUCUUCUCUUUUCUUUUGCGAAAGCUAGAUAUCACCUGUCACCAUGAUUUUUUUGCAGCUUGCAGUCGUCUCAGCCCUUGCGGCGCUGUCAGUGGCAGCGCCAUCUCCGGCUCGACAUAUCCUGCACGAGAAGCGCCAUCGACCAUCUACCGACUGGGUUAAAACGUCUCGGGUCGAGAGCUCUGCAAUUCUUCCGAUUCGGAUUGGAUUGAUGCAGACAAAUUUGCACAAUGGACCAGAUUAUCUUAUGGAGGUCUCUGACCCUCAGUCAGAGAAAUAUGGCCAAUAUUUCUCCAUGGAUGAGGUCCAUACGAUGUUCGCCCCAUUGCAAGAACAUGUCAAUGCUAUCAAGGAGUGGCUGCACGAAUCUGGUAUCGACAAGUCCCGUCUCGUCCACUCAGAUAAUAAGGGCUGGCUAGCUUUCGAUGCGACAAGUGAGGAAGCUGAGCGACUGUUUCAGACCGAGUACUACGAACACGAGCAUACACAGAGUGACGGUAUUCGUGUUGGCUGUGACCAGUACCAUCUUCCAGAGCACAUCGCGCCACAUGUUGAUUAUAUCAGACCCGGGAUCAAGAUGACACAAGUUGUUAAGCGUAAUGUUAAGAGGGCACACAAGAAGAAUACAAGAAGCAGUCACGCUCGCACGGCUUUACAUAAAACUAUGGAAGUCAACCCCCCCGAGAACUGGUCUGCACCGGAAGGGGUUCCACAAGACCUCGCCGGUUGUGGUUUUAACAUGACCGCACCUUGUAUCCGGGCCCUGUACGAUAUUCCCUUGCCGGCCAACAAACCAAAUCCCCAAAAUGUGCUGGGCCUUUAUGAGCAAGGCGAUUACUUUGCAAAGUCUGAUCUGGACCUGUACUGGAAGCAUAUAAACCCUGAAAUACCUCAAGGAACGUAUCCGACGCCACACCUAAUCGACGGUGCCAAUUACUCAGUUCCAGCAAACAGCUCGCUGAAUGGUGGAGAGUCUAACAUCGAUAUUGAAAUGACAAUAUCUUUGAUAUACCCGCAAGAAACCGUUCUUUAUCAAGUUGAUGAUCAACUCUAUGAGCCAGCCGAGGUAGCUACUACGAACUUGUUCAACACCUUUUUGGAUGCACUGGACGGGUCCUAUUGCAAUUAUAGCGCAUAUGGUCAAACCGGUAACGACCCAAACAUUGAUCCUAUUUACCCUGACACACGGGAGGGUGGAUACCAAGGUCAACUGCAAUGCGGAGUUUACAAACCCACAAAUGUCAUUUCCGCAUCUUAUGGACAAGCUGAAGCCGAUCUACCACAAAAGUACGUUGAGCGCCAGUGCAACGAAUUCCUGAAGCUUGCGAUGCAAGGUCACACAUUGCUGUUCUGUUCGGGUGACUACGGUGUUGCCUCUUCGCCUAAUGACAGUGGUCACAAAAAUGGUUGCUUAGGCCCCGAAUCUCGUAUUUUCAAUCCUCAAUACCCCUCAGGUUGUCCCUGGGUGACAUCUGUCGGCGGCACUAUGCUUUACAAUGAUCAGAACGUAAACGAUUCUGAAAGUGUGAUGCAAGUAAACCUCCACGGUGCUGCCACUAAUUUCUCUUCAGCUGGCGGCUUUUCGAACUAUUUCAAGGCUCCAUGGUACCAGGAACUAGCUGUUGCGGAAUACUUCGAAAUCGGAAACCCUCAAUACCCAUAUUAUGAGAAAUUGAAUGUUGACUUUAACACCACCAAGGGACUAUACAAUCGCAUUGGUAGAGGAUUCCCCGAUAUCUCUGCCAACGGAGCAUAUUUCCCUUCGUUCUUGAGAGGCAGAUUCACACAUUUCUUUGGCACUAGCUUGUCCGCACCACUGUGGGCAGCUGUUAUCACCUUAAUCAACGAAGAACGUCUCGCGGCAGGAAAGUCAACAGUCGGCUUUUUGAAUCCAGUCCUGUACGCGAACCCCUAUGUUCUUAAGGAUAUUACAAACGGCACAAGUUUAGGUUGUGACAGUGAUGGCUUCGCCGCUGUAGAGGGCUGGGAUCCAGUGACAGGGCUUGGAACGCCUGAUUUCCCAAGACUGAAGGAACUGUUCUUGGCUCUCCCAUAGGCUAAUAUCAUGGUCUCUUCCAAAUUUGGAUUAAUGCCUGAGAUGUAUUCACUUAUCUCACUUUAUCAUAUCAACUUCUGAGUUUGUAUGAUAUCGUCACUUUAAACCUAAAUAUAAGAUAUUCUUUCCA